AAGAGCGAAACCUUGGCGAUUAGGAGAGUAAACAAUCUGCUGUAUCUUUUUCCUCGUCUCUGACCUCAUGCGUGAUGUAUAUGGCUUCUAAACAAACCAGUCGUGUAACAUGUUAAGCCAUCCAUAGUUACUUGUCGAGGAAGACAGGAUUACAUUCAAGAUUCAACGCCAAACAAUUGACAGAUAUGCUGGCCGUACGCUGAUAGAUGCCUUUCUGUCCCCACAUACAUAUAUAUAUAGGUGGGUGUUUUUCUGAGCUCAAUUCCACUUACAGGUGAAAAUACCACCUAAUAAACAUUCAAAAGAUUGAUUCUUUAAUUACUACAAUAAAAAGAUCAAAUUUUGGGAGCAAAUCAGAAAGAUGUGGUAUCCUUGGAAAAAAGGGCCAUCUGGGUUCUCUUCUAGCUCUACAGCUGAGGAUGUCACUCAAGGGGUUGAUGCCACGGGCCUCACUGCCAUUGUUACAGGAGCAUCCAGUGGCAUUGGCACAGAGAUUACUCGAGUCUUAGUGUUGCGUGGUGCACAUGUAAUUAUGGCAGUGCGAAAUGUGGAUGUUGGAAGAAAAGUAAAGGAAGCCAUACUGAAGGAGAUUCCUAAUGCUAAAAUUGAAGUUAUGGAGUUGGACCUCAGCUCUAUGGCAUCAGUUAGGAAGUUUGCAUCAGAAUACAACUCCUCUGAUCUUCCUCUGAACAUUCUGAUUAACAAUGCCGGGGUUAUGGCACCACCAUACAUGGUUUCACAGGAUGGUAUGGAGAUGCAGUUUGCAACUAAUCAUAUAGGUCAUUUCCUUUUGACAAAUCUGUUGCUGCAGAAAAUGAAAACCACAGCACGUGACUGCCAAAGAGAAGGGAGAAUAGUUAAUGUCUCAUCAGUUGGACACAAUUUCACGUAUCAAGAGGGAAUCUGUUUUGACAAGAUAAAUGACCAAUCAAGCUACAGCCCUUUCCGUGCCUAUGGACAAUCCAAACUUGCUAAUAUAUUGCAUGCUAGUGAACUUUCCAGGCGCUUGAAGGAAGAAGGCGUGAAUGUAACUGCUAAUUCUCUUCAUCCUGGAGCAAUUAACACAAACCUUAUGCGUCACCAGAAGUUCGUGGAGGUUGUGGGAAGUUUGUUAAAUAAACUCUUUUUCAAAUCCAUUCCACAGGGUGCUGCCACUCCAUGCUACGUGGCUUUAAAUCCGCAAGUUGAAGGAGUACGCGGCGAGUACUUUUCGGACUCUAAUAUAGCAAAACCAAGUGCUUUAGCUAAGGAUGCUGAAUUGGCGAAGAAACUGUGGGACUUUAGCUUGAAAUUGACAGAUCCCAAGGAGUAGAUCGGACUCAACCUUGCUCAAUCAUAUAUUUCUGGUGCUAUUAAAUGAUGGGAUGUAAAAUAAUGGUUUUUGUCAUGGAACAUUUUCGAUUCUUGCUGGUGUGAGCAUCAAAUAAAUGGAUAUGUAGUUUGACCAUGAAUUAAAAGAAAAUUAUUUACUAGCAGUAAUGUUUUUAUCAACUCGGAUAUGAAAUUUCUGUUCUGCUCAA